AUGGGCUUGAGACCGGAAAAAAUCAAGCUCAAAAGAUCAAUACCACAAUUCAUGACGUACUUAAUAGCACCAGCGACAAACAAAUUAAAUAUGAGAUAUCACAUGCUUAAAUUAAACUACAAGGAUGUCUUCACCGUAGUGUUCACUGGAUAUUUAACUCUGCUGGAGUUUGAGAUAAAUAUGUUGUAUAUAAAUUGUAUAUGUGUGUUAAAAGCAUGUUUUAAAAGACUUAACGAAAAUAUGGCAUAUUUACAAAAACUCGUAGUAAAACCGUGUGUACCUAGGCUGAUCUAUCACAUACAGAGAAAUCAACUUUUUUUAAUACAACUCAAAAUUCUGCAAAAACAGCAUCUAAUGAUUAAUGACACAGUGCAAAAAUUGAAUCUAAUCUUCAGUUUGCAACUUCAUGCUACUAUAGUCAUGACCUUUUCUGGAAUCAUUUUUGAAGUUUAUUAUCAUACAGUGCGUUGGCAAAAUGGAAUACACAUUACUUUUGAUAUGCACUCUCUUGAAGUGUUUUCAAUGUCGAUAACGUUUUAUAUUCUAAAAAUAAUCCUAAUUACAUGGGCUUGUGAGACUAGUAAGAAUCAGGCUCAAGAGAUCAGAACCAUCAUUCAUGAUGUACUGAAUAGCACUAGCAACGAGCAAAUUAAGAACGAGUUGCAGCUGUUUUCUUUACAAAUACUACAUUGCAAAAAUACAUUUUCGAUAAAAGGUCUCACUGUAGAUGCGACGCUUCUUAUAACAUUUGUGGGUAACAUCAUGACGUACUUGUUAAUUAUAAUACAAUUUUUGAUCACAUUACAUUCUUGCGAUGGAAACAAUACUACCAUUAAUUAUAUAAAAUAA